AUGGCAGAUACGAUCCACAUUUCACGUGCUAGCACGGAGGAUGUUCACCCUGCCUGCGAGGAAAAACCAGGAGAAGACAAGGGGGACGCAUCGAUUCAGAAAAAUGCGGUGACUUUUGUUGACACCACCGACGCGACAAUCCUCACAAACGACCUUGACCAGGCGAUCAGAGCACCAAUCAGAUACAAAGCUGGAUGCAUCCUGCCAAGACCCAAUGCUGCCACGUCGACGUAUUUUGGACCUGAAACCUUCUUCAUCAAGGCCAGGCUCCAGUCAGCAAUCUUGAGCACUGCGCAGAGUUCAGGCUCAGUGAAGUCACUGGACUCCUCGUCGAAGCUACCAGGCGGCUUCAGGAGAUCGUUUGGUGGUCUUAACAGCCGAGAGAGGGUCAAAACGUCCAACGUCACCGCUUGUCGCUCCGCGCAGUUCAACCAGACGCUAGAACUGCCCCUCCCCAAGUCUUCGUCUAGACUCAUUCGAUCGAAAGGAGGUUCCACAACCCAGACGAUGCUUUCUCGCCGACGGUCGAUGUCAGCGUCGGAGAUGGAGUGUGCGCCGAUCCAAUUAGAGCUGUAUCUUGAACUGAAACAGCGCGGUAGACCCCUGUUGCGUGGACUCGGAGGCAAGUUCUGCAAUGACACUCUUGGACGCGUCUCCAUACCCUGCUCGCCUGUCUUCCUGCGGACCUUGGAAGCAGCUUCCGACUCCCGCAGCCACAGCGCCUCCUUCUCCAGCCCCAACGAGGACUACGUGACUCGAGUUGAACUACUCACUCCUGUGGGCACCAAGCCAAUCGAAGGCCUGCUCAAUCUCGCGAUGCAGUGGAAUCAGGCAACCAGGCUGCUCACGCUUCGUCCGAUCGAUUUGUCAUCAUUUUUUCUGCCCGUGGGAACAAAAAAGAUCGUGGCGGUAUUUAGCCUCAUGACGAACCACCAGGUGCUUGAAACGCAGGAAUCGAGACCUGCAGUGAAGGUGGCUUUGAAUCAGUGCGAGUUCCAUCUCACCGACGAAGUUGCCUUCAAACUGGAAGGCGGCAUGGAAUCGGGCGAGGUGUGCGUGGGGAUCGCGCUGGUUGCGACGAUUGGUGGCUUGAAGAGUGGCCAGGUUGUCAUUGGACGCCUGGUCGUCGGUCCGACCAAUCAGAACGCCGAAAGGGGCGCCAGCCCAUUGGCCUACGGCAGUGGCAUGCUGCAUUGGAAUGCAGUUGCGAGGCAUCGCGGAAUGAUCCGCCGCCGGCACUGGCUGUGCUAA